AUGGCUCCCAAAACAGGGAAAGCCAAGCCACACAAAUCCAAGGGAGACAAGAAGAAGAAAGAAGAGAAAGUUUUGCCUACCGUAAUCGAGAUUAGCAUUGAAACACCGGAUGAAUCACAAGUGACCCUCAAGGGUAUCUCCACGGACAGGAUCCUAGACGUAAGAAAGCUGCUGGCAGUCCACGUGGAUACAUGUCAUUUGACCAAUUUCUCCCUAUCACACGAGGUGCGAGGACCCAGACUGAAAGAUACUGUGGACAUCCUCUCUCUCAAGCCCUGCCACCUCACCAUCGUCGAAGAGGACUACACGGAAGAGCAAGCCGUCGCUCACAUCCGACGACUUGUCGACAUCGUCGCCUGCACGACGUCGUUUGGGUCGUCGUCGUCCUCUUCGCCCAGAACUCCCGGUUCCGCUCCCGUUCCGGCUCCGGUUGGGUCUAAUUCCAAAGAUUCCGGUUUAGACGAGGGCGACCAAAACGGCGACGAGCACAAUGCCGUUCAGAAGACCAAAGUCUCGAGUCCGAUUCCGGUCGCCGGCGAUAAAGGCGGCGAGUCGGCAAUGUAUCCUCCGCCGCGGCUCGGCCAGUUCUACGACUUCUUCUCCUUGGCUCACCUCACUCCUCCGCUCCACUACGUCAGAAGAUCUAGCCGUCCGUUCCUUGAGGACAAGACGGAGGAGGACCUGUUUCAAAUUGAUGUUAGAGUUUGUAGUGGGAAGCCGACGACUAUAGUUGCAUCCAGAAAAGGAUUCUACCCUGCUGGAAAACGUCCUCUAAUUACUCACUCUUUGGUUGCUUUGCUUCAACAGAUAAGCCGGCCUUUCGAUGCCGCAUACAAUGCUGUCAUGAAGGCUUUCACCGAGCACAAUAAAUUUGGAAACCUUCCUUACGGUUUUCGGGCAAACACAUGGGUUGUCCCUCCAGUUGUUGCCGAGAAUCCGUCUGUUUUUCCGCCGCUUCCUCUAGAAGAUGAAAGUUGGGGAGGAAGUGGGGGAGGGCAGGGAAGAGACGGUAAACAUGACAACAGGCCGUGGGGAAAAGAGUUUGCCAUUCUGGCAGCAAUGCCUUGUGCAACAGCAGAGGAGAGGCAAAUUCGAGAUCGAAAGGCCUUCCUGCUUCACAGUUUAUUUGUCGACGUUUCAGUUCUUAAAGCUGUUGCAGCUAUUAAGAGCCUAAUCGACACUCAUCAAUCUUCCCUAAAUGAUUCUACUCUUUCACUUCAUCAUGAGGUAAAAGUCGGAGAUUUAAGCAUUAAGAUUGUUAGAGAUGCACCUGAUGCAAGCAUAAAGGUGGACUGUAAGAAUGAUGGCAGUCAAGUUCUAGGAAUUCCACAAGAAGAAGUUACUCAGAGAAACCUACUCAAAGGCAUAACAGCUGAUGAGAGUGCAACUGUUCAUGAUACUUCUACGCUGGGUGUCGUGGUUGUUAGGCAUUGUGGAUUUACCGCUGUUGUGAAAGUUUUAUCUGAGGUGAAUUGGGUGGGAAGACCUGUUCCUCAGGACAUUGAAAUUGAGGACCAGCCUGAAGGAGGUGCAAAUGCCUUGAAUGUUAACAGCCUGAGAAUGCUAUUGCAACAGUCAUCCCUCCUUCAGUCAACCACAGUUCAGCGGAGCCAGAGUACAGAUCUUGAAAGUUUACAUUCUGCUAGGUCCUUAGUAAGGAAGGUACUCGAAGAAAGUUUGUUGAGGUUGCAGGGUGGACCAUCUAAUCACACCAAGUCAAUCAGAUGGGAGCUAGGAGCAUGUUGGGUGCAACAUUUGCAAAAUCAGGCUUCAGCGAAAAAUGAGCCUAAGAAAAAUGAAGAAGCUAAGAUUGAGCUGGCUGUUAAGGGCCUUGGAAAGCAAGGUGGACUGCUAAAGGAAAUAAAGAAGAAAAUGGAUAUAAGGAGCAGUAAAACUGAACAGGGGAAGGAAGUUCUUGGGGGUAACAAUCUUGAUCAUAAUAAGAAUUCAGACACCAGCAGUCAGGAGGAGUUACAAAAGCGAGAUGCAGAAAACAAAAUAAAUUGGAGAAAGCUACUUCCUGAUGCAUCAUAUUCACGCCUCAAAGAAUCAGAUACUGGUCUUCACCUUAAGUCACCCGAUGAGUUGAUUGAAAUGGCACACAAGUAUUAUGCUGACACUGCACUUCCAAAACUGGUGGCAGAUUUCGGCUCCCUUGAACUUUCACCAGUUGAUGGAAGGACAUUGACAGAUUUUAUGCAUACAAGGGGUUUGAAAAUGUGUUCCCUGGGACGCGUGGUUGAACUUGCAGAUAAGCUCCCUCAUGUGCAAUCACUCUGUAUACAUGAGAUGGUUGUGCGAGCAUACAAACACAUACUGCAAGCUGUUGUAGCAGCAGUUGAUAACGUUGCAGACUUGGCUGCAUCAAUAGCAGCAUGUCUAAAUAUUCUUCUUGGAACCCCAUCAGCUGAAAAUGGGGAUGGAGCUUGUGAUGAUAUGUUAAAAUGGAAGUGGGUGGAAACAUUUCUUUUGAAGAGGUUUGGAUGGCAAUGGAAACAUGAAAGUGUUGAGGACUUGAGAAAGUUUGCCAUUCUUCGUGGAUUGUGCCAUAAGGUUGGCCUUGAGCUUGUGCCAAGGGACUACGAUAUGGACACUUCGUCUCCUUUUAGGAAAUCAGAUAUAGUAAGCAUGGUCCCUGUGUACAAGCAUGUUGCCUGUUCCUCUGCUGAUGGACGCACACUUUUGGAAUCUUCUAAGACUUCUUUGGACAAAGGUAAACUGGAGGAUGCUGUUAAUUAUGGCACUAAGGCGUUGUCAAAACUUGUAUCAGUAUGUGGGCCUUAUCAUCGAAUGACUGCUGGAGCAUAUAGUCUUCUUGCUGUAGUACUGUAUCACACUGGGGAUUUUAAUCAGGCAACCAUCUACCAGCAAAAAGCAUUGGAUAUUAAUGAGAGAGAGCUUGGACUUGAUCAUCCUGAUACAAUGAAAAGUUACGGGGAUUUAGCUGUGUUCUACUACCGACUUCAACACACAGAGUUGGCCUUGAAGUAUGUCAAUCGUGCGCUGUAUCUUUUGCACCUGACAUGUGGGCCAUCUCAUCCAAAUACGGCUGCCACCUAUAUCAACGUAGCAAUGAUGGAAGAAGGUUUGGGGAACGUCCAUGUUGCUCUUAGGUACCUGCAUGAAGCUCUCAAGUGCAAUCAAAGGCUACUUGGAGCUGAUCAUAUACAGACUGCUGCUAGCUAUCAUGCCAUAGCUAUCGCACUUUCAUUGAUGGAGGCCUACUCGUUAAGUGUUCAGCACGAACAGACUACCUUGCAAAUUCUUCAGGCAAAACUUGGGUCUGAGGAUCUACGCACACAGGAUGCGGCUGCAUGGCUUGAAUAUUUUGAGUCCAAAGCUUUGGAGCAGCAAGAAGCUGCACGGAAUGGUACUCCAAAGCCAGAUGCCUCAAUCUCCAGCAAAGGUCAUUUGAGUGUCUCAGAUCUUUUGGAUUAUAUAACACCAGAUGCUGAUAUGAAAGCAAGAGAGGCCCAAAGGAAAGCUCGUUUGAAGGUAAAAGGAAAACCAGGUCAGAAUGGGGAGGCUGUCUCUGAUGAAUACCAGAAGGAUGAAAAUUUGUUACCAAGUCAUCCUGUUGCAGAGAAUUUAAGUGAUAAAGAAAACAAGUCUGAAGCACAUGUAGCAGAACCUAGGAAUGAGAAAUCUGAUUCACGACUAUUUGAGCAAUCAAUUAAUUUUGCUACAAGUGAUGAUCUGGCACAAGAUGACACCUCAGAUGAAGGCUGGCAAGAGGCUGUUCCUAAAGGCCGGUCACUUAUAGGUCGCAAAUCUCCUGGGUCGAGGAGGCCAAGCCUUGAAAAACUGAAUACGAACUUUAUCAAUGCAUCCCAGCCAGCAAGAUAUCGAGGCAAGGCCAAUAAUUUCACAUCCCCAAAAUCAAGCCCAAAUGAGCCUGCUUCUUCAACUGGACCUGGUCUUCCAGUGUCAAAGAAGUUUGUCAAGAGUGCAAGCUUCAGUCCUAAGCCAAACAACUCUAGCACAUCAGCUGCUGGAGCUGCUGAUAGAUUGCCAAACCCAAAGUCAGCACCAUCUACCCCAGCUUCUGUUGAUCAAGUUGUGAAGUCUGUAAGUUCAAUCAGUGUUCAGUCAGCUGGAAAACUCUUUUCCUACAAGGAAGUUGCUUUGGCUCCACCUGGGACAAUUGUGAAGGCAGUGGCAGAGCAGUUACCGAAGGGAAAUCUUCCUAUUGUACAAACUUCUCAGGUGGGCCUGGAGACACCUACAACAGAGGUCACUGUUGGUGAAGUGACAGCAAUAAAAGAUAUGAAGGAAGACAAAAAUCAGAAACCCACAGGAGAGAAAGAGAUUGUGGAGUCCCUAGAAGUUGUAAAGCAUGCUAGUGUUGGAGUACAAGUUGAAGCUGAAGCUGUAGAAUUAGAAAACCCUGCUUUUGAAGGCUCAGCAUUACAGACUGUUAAAGUUCCUGUUCCUGGGGUUGAGAUUGCUGAUACUUCCCAAGGUCCAAAUACCACUGCUUCUGAAUGUGGGCUGUCAGAAGUCCUAGGGCCAGACAGUUGCCUGAGGACUUCCUCUGUUUCAGAACCUCCAUCUGGUUUAACAGAAACUGGAACCGAUAAUCCUUCUAAUACAGAGGAGGGAAAGUCACGUGAUUUACCCAGUGGCGACGUAGUUAAACCAGUGCCAACUGAUGGGGAAAAGGUAGAUGAACAAGAAACUGGAAAGGAGACGAGCAAAAAACUGUCUGCAGCUGCACCUCCUUAUAAUCCAUCACUCAUUCCAGUUUUUGGCUCUAUUCCGGUUCCAGUUCCAGGUUUCAAAGAUCAUGGUGGGAUUUUGCCCCCACCUGUUAAUAUUCCUCCAAUGCUAGCAGUUAAUCCUGUCCGCAGGUCACCUCAUCAGUCAGCAACAGCAAGAGUUCCUUAUGGUCCACGACUGUCUGGUGGCUAUAACAGAUCUGGAAGUCGGGUUUCACACAAUAAACAUAGCUUUCAAAAUGGCGAGCAUACUGGGGAUGGUCCUCCUAGAAUUAUGAACCCACAUGCAGCUGAGUUCGUACCUGGCCAACCUUGGGUUCAAAACGGCUAUCCAGUGUCUCCCAAUGGUUUCUUGCCUUCCCCAAAUGGUUAUCCAGUGUCUCCGAAUGGAUAUCCGGUAUCACCGAAUGGUACUCCGGUGAUUCAAAACGGAUCUCCGACAUCUCCUGUCAGUUCAGACGAGUCAUCACCAGUGGUGUCUGCUGAUAUUGGUGUUGGAGCAAGCACUGAAGGGGCAGCAAAAGAGACUGAUGAUAAGUUGUCAGUACAAGUUGAAUGUGACAAGGAACCAAUUGAAGGAAAGCUGCAGGAAGAGCAAUCUGUAGAUAAUGUAAAUGUUUGUCCUGAAUUUGAAGAGAAGCCUAUUGAUACCGAUACUGUUCCUGGUGAUACUAGUGUGGAAAAGGAGGCUAGCAAUUUAGUAGUUGAGGAAAAACCAAGCAAAUGUUGGGGAGAUUAUAGUGACAAUGAAGCUGAGGUCAUUGAGAUUAGCAGUUGAAGAAGGAUCAUGAAAAUUUUUCUACUAGUAUACCAACCAGUUCACAGCUUGUAGUUGUGUACAAGAGAAGCGAAAUACAAAACUGGGUUGUGAAGGGCCAGCAGUAGAGAGAAAUUUUACAGUGAAGUGAAACGUGUGUCGUUACCGACUACAACCCUGGUGAGUGUGAAUACUUUCCGAUAACAGUCUUUGCUGCAGCGUGGAUUGAGAAUGUUUACAUGAGAAUUCAAUUGA